AUUUAGAAAAGGACCAAUUCAGUUGCGAUGCCAGAAAUUCACAAAGUCUCACUGACUGUGAUGACUUGGAAAGUCUGAGUGCAACCCAGCUCACUGCCACAUGGUAAAGAACCCACUAUAGCUGUAGCCUAUGGCCUUGUCAAAUGCGUCAAUCAAGGAACCUAAUCAAAAUCCAUUGCAGCAAUUGGCCUUGAUCAUUGUAACCACGAAACCCUUGUGUUCUCAUCAUUAAAAGGACGCAAAGAACUAGACUUUUUCCAACAUCCAUCUCACCCCUCCAAAACAUCCAUAAAAUUAAACAUAAGGCCAAGCAAAGUCUCUAUAAUCAAACAUUCAUCACAUGGUUAGAGAAACACGAAGGAAGUGAACAACAAAAUAAACAACAUGAUCGCAGGUUGUUUCAAUUUCAGCCAACCCAACACACCAUCAUCAAGCUCCUACUGCUCUCAAACUCAAUCUCAAGUGCCUCAAAAUGUGGUAACAUGCACAUACCAAACUCAACUUUGCAACUCCCCCACUUAUCUCACCCUAAGUUGGUCCAAAACCCUCUUCUCCCACUCUUUAACCAUUUCCGCCACAGACAUCUUUUCCAUCACAAUUUCUUUAAACUCAUCAACCUUCUUCUUUCGAACACGCCACGGCUCAAAAACCAUCCACCACCGCAAACUCAAGCUCCACUGGAACUUCACCCGCGCUGAGUUCAUUCAAAACUCCGCUGAGCCAGAAUCACGCUUCUACCUCGCAAUAUCCCACAAAGGCAAGCUCCAGUUCUUUCUGGGCGACCUUUUCCACGUGUUCUCUCCUCAUCACCACCAGCAGGACUGUCCUGAGACAGUCCUGCUGUCGAGGAGAGAACACGUGUUCGGAAGCAGGAGCUACGUGUCACGUGCUGUGUUCAUGGGAACGAAGCACGUGAUAGAGAUUGAGUGCAGCGGGGGCAUACUCGGCGUGAAAGUUGACGGCGAGAUGAGGUUGGUGGUGAAGAGGCUAGCGUGGAAGUUCAGAGGGUACGAGAAGAUAUUCAUCGACGGCGUGGAAGUGGAGUUCUACUGGGACGUGUUGAGUUGGGUGGCUAACAGCGAAAACGGAAACGGACACGGCGUUUUCGUCUUCCAAGUUGGCGACGGAACGGUGUGGCCAGAAAUGGUGGGUGCGGAGAAGAAGUUGAUGAAGAAGAGCGUGUCGGGUUCUAGCGUGUUGCAGUGGGCAGAGGAGAGUAGCGAGUGUGGGAGAACUUCGUCUUCUUCGUCGACAAGGUCUUGUGGCAGCAAUGCCACUGGAUUCUCUUUGUUGCUCUAUGCUUGGAGAGCUUAAAUUGAAUUGAUUCAUUUCAUUUCUUCUUUCUUAAUGUUAAUUCUUUCUAUGCUGCGGAAACGGGAUUAUUUUCAACUUUGAGAUUGGAUUGCAAAUAUUUUGUUCAUAUGUAUAUUCAUCUUUCUUUCAUGAUCUUGUACAAUCAUUACUUUGAUUCAGAAAUAAACGUAUACUUUGAUUUGAAGCUUA